AUGAGCUCCGAGCCCUAUGACCCGUACGUGCAGCCCGGCUCGUCGCAGGGCGGCGCCGGCGGCGCCGGCAACCAGCGCACCGCCGCCAUCCAGCAGCAGAUCGACGAGACGGUCGGUGUGAUGCGCUCGAACCUGCAGAAGGUCUCGGAGCGGGGCGAGGGCCUCAACGACCUGCAGGGCAAGACCGACAACCUCGCCGUCUCGGCGCAGGGCUUCCGGCGCGGCGCCAACCGCGUGCGCAAGCAGAUGUGGUGGAAGGACAUGAAGAUGCGCAUCAUCAUCAUCGUCGGCAUCAUCAUCCUGCUCUGCAUCAUCAUCAUCCCGAUCGUGGUCAAGACCAGCAACAAGUGA